AGAAGCAUCAGCUCUCACUUAAUAAAUCUGCUGCUGCUGUACACAGUCAGAAAUCAUCCUGGAGGAAGAGCAGCAGUUUUAAGUCAAUCUAGAGGUUGGGAAACAUGAAUGAAAUGGACUAAAAACUUCAUCGGAUUUCCACAGACCUCAGCAUUACUCAAGGAGUAUUUGGAAAACUUUCUAAGUCCUUCUUUGCUGAACAAAAUAACAAGAAAAACUCCCAGAGAAACCAGGAAGUGGUAAACAAUGUCGAUGAUGUUUCUGAUCCUGUCCCUGCUGAUUAUGCGUGCGCCACCAGGGGGCGACGCAUCUUCAAUCAGCUGCUACAACGACCAAGGUGACGCCGUUGACUGGUUUUACCUGUACAAACUCCCUAAAGAAAGUGGCAGAACACACGAGUUUAAGGGAGAGACAUAUUUAUUGCUGGACAAAGGGAGUGAAGGAUGGACGGAGGGGAAGGUGACGGUGAAUGACACCAAGGGAGCUUUGGGCCAGACUGUCGGACAGCUGUACUCACAGGAAAAGAAUUCGGAGGUAGCGUACAUCUUGUACAACGACCAGCCGCCUUCUGAGGAAUACGGUGACAGAUGGGCUGAAGGCAGCGGGAGCAGCAAAGGUCACACGAAAGGUGUCGUUCUAGUGGAUAAAAAUCAGGGGUUUUGGUUGGUGCACAGCACCCCUCACUUCCCCCCGGAGCAUCAGGAAGGGCAGUUUUACUAUCCCAGUAGUGGAGUGAACAACGGGCAGAACUUCAUCUGCGUCACUUACCCGCUGGAACGUUUCCAGACCAUCGGAGAGCAGCUGCAGAUCAAUCAGCCUAAUGUGUAUGACUGUGACGUCCCAGAGUCCCUGGCGUCCUCCGUCCCCGCGCUGGCUGCUGUCUGCAACAAAAACCUUCUGUCCUCUCAGACGUUUCCACAUGUGAAAACUGUGUCCAACCGCAGCGUGACUCUGACCUCAACAGGCGGCACCGACUUCAUCAGCUUCGCCAAAGGAGCAAAGUUCGAUGAGGACCUCUACCACUCGUGGGUGGCGCCCGCCCUCAAGUCAGACCUCCUGGUUCAGUUCUGGGUGCGCUCCACUGGGAUCCUCCCUUCUGACUGCUCAUUGGGCUGGAAGGUCCUGGACAUCCAGAGCAUCAAUCCGGGACAGACGUUCACCUUCAAGGCCACACAGGACCACUCCAAGUGGGCCGUCAGCCCACGGGCAGCGCGGGAUGGGUCACGAGGCGGCGGCUGGGUGUGCGUGGGGGACAUAAACAGGAAUGAGGCGGAGGAACAGCGUGGAGGAGGCACAGUGUGUCUUCAGGACCCGACGGUGUGGAAGGCUUACCGGACGGCGGCGCUGGAGUGCGAGGCCUGUGGAGGAGGAACGAUCCAGUGCUGAGUCCGCUAAGCUACAUGAUAACGCUAGGCUCAGGGGCUUAUGGGAAAUAUUUCAACAUGCUUGGUAUACCGGGAGUCAGUUUUAAAACACAAAAAACAAAGUCCAGUUUGGACUGGUGCUGUCAGUUAAUUGAACAAUAUAAUCAGAUUAAUCAGACUCUAUCACUGUGAUUAAUCACAAUUAAUCACUGUGCCUAACUUCAAUCCAAUCAAUUAAAAUGUAAUCAAUUAUUUGUGGAGGGGUUUGUAGCAGAAAAAGCAGGUAGACUUCCAGUAGUAAACCUUUUCAGGGGCCAGCUGAUAACAGAUAUGUUUUAUUUCCUAGUUCUUGGGGGCUCAACCCCUUUUUGAUGCCGCCCUGGACAACUGCCCAUAUCAAAAACCACCAAAAAAGUUUUAUCGUCUCAAACCAAAUCUUCUCGCCUGAAGAUUCUCAGUUUUCCAGGUUUUUAUCUUCAGGAAGGUUUGAAGGAAGACAUUUUGUUUUAAACAAUAGAAAUGUGUCUCUCCAUUCAUAUUCUGUGGGAGUUGUGCAAUAAGGUGAUCGUUGCUUCUCCUCAUCCAGCCUAAUCGGUGGUGUUGCACAUUUGACAUUUCUAUCUCAGACGCGAUCUUGUGCACACGUGGGAUUGCGAUACAAGAAAGUUGUGAAUAUUUGACUUUGCUGCUGUCAUGGAAAAUGUUCACUGUGGUUUGUCGCUCCCUGUGUCAAAUCCAUAAUCCACUGCUGUGAACGGCGUAACCCUCAAAACAGUAGUUAGAUUAAUGUGCAGUACGUAAUAUUAACACGUUAAAAUUUCCAGAUUAAUCGCAUGAGUUAAUAUAGUUUGGACAUAAUUUGGUGAAAAUGCAAACCGUGUGAUUUGGAGCUGGCAGGUUUUAAACGGUGACAGAGAGGAGAAGUCUGUGGAAUCACAGCUUUUCCCGGCAGUUACUGGAGCGUCUGACAGUCCAAACAGGAAGAAAACAGCAGGCGCCAAAAGACAAGGCCUCCUGCUCUCAGAAAUCUGAUACAUUCUGGAUUUUGAUUUAAGUUUUUUUCAGUGUAUAAAUAAUAAAAAAAAGGUCUGAAAAUAUUUUUAUUUCCAUCUGGAUUGCUGUUACCGAGGUGAUGGAGCAGGUAGCCAUGACGACUAAGCCCUUUGAUUGAGGAGACGGUUUGUCUGAAGUGAUUCAGCAAACAGCAGAAACUGUUUUUCCUUUGCUCUCUGAGUUGUUUCCUUUCUCUGUGGUGCAACAGAAAUGUCUGCUCACAGUUCAGACUGAACUCUUGUGUUCAGUGAGGAUUGGUUGCAUCAGCCAGGAGCCAGAGGUCAACAGAGGUCACUUCCUGAUAGGAUGGAGAUGGUUUCACUGAUUGGGCCUUUGUCUUGCGCUACUUUCUACAUUCUUCUCAGUUUCUUAUAAAUCAAAUAUUUUACAGCACAUCUUCAUCACUGGUUUCUAUUUAAACCAAAUUAUGUCCAAAUCAGGCCGUUCUGUUCGUGAAUGUCAUUUGAAAGUCUAAUGUAAUUAUUCCAUUUGCAAAUUUGUAAAAAAUUAGAUAAUUUUGUGUAUUAUGUGCUGCUGAGGACAAUGUAACAUUUCAGGAUAAUUUUUUUUAAGAGUUUCAAAUUAGUAAAAGUUUACACUGGUUUAACUGUAAGCUGCUGAGGUUAUGUCUGUACACUGUAAGAGAAAAUCCUUAGUCUUUAUUUUACUAUUCCAAUAAUCAACAGGUGGCAGUAACGACCUGCAAAGAGCCACAAAGAUGCACCAGGAUGGUGCAUUUCAUGCAUGCAGAUUUCAGGAUGAUUUUCAAAAAAGUGCGUCUAACUGAACUGAUCCUAAAAAUGCAGCUCAGAUGAUCAUCAUUAGCUCCGCACAGCAGUUCAACUUAACUUCAAAUUGUUUGUUUUUAAAGCAAAUUAUUUAUAAUGAGUAAACAGCAAACAGCCACAGAGUGUGCAUCUCAAGAAAACUGAAAAUAAUUCUAUACUUGCAGAAAGAGACACAUUCAGCUUAUGCUUUCUUGGCAAAAACAUUUCAAAGUGUGACUUUUUUUAAUGCAAAUGGAGCAGUGCAGUGAGGAGAACAAGUUCCAAAAUCUGACAGCAAGCUGGAGAGGUUAGGAGAAAACAGAACAAAACCCGUAAAAGUGUCUCUUUAACAAUAAUAAAAGCGAUAGCUGAAGUGUUUUUCACAGCUGCUGAAACUGAAGAGACUCUCCUGCAAACGGAUGAGAGCAGAUUCUGUAAGGAGGUUUUUUCACUCAUGCAUGCAGGUGUUCUCUUGAGGACUGACAUGCUCUGCUUCUUGAAAAGCACGUGGAUUCUUUCUUUCAUUAUUAUUUAUAGGAUUCUGGCAAGAAAUCAGGCAGAAAAGAUUCAGAUUUGAUGAUUUUCUUUUACUUCUCUGAAUGCUUGUGAUUAAGUCAAACGAUGUGUGAAGUGUUUUUUUUCUCCGCCUUCAGUCUGACCUUGAUUUUUUCUGUAGAUAAAGAUGCUGGCUGUCUUUAAUUUUUAAAUAAAAAUAAAGCUUCUG